AUGCAGAACUGGGGUGGUGAACCAAGAAUAGAAGAGGUAGUGGCUGGAAAUCAAAAAUCAGAAGACAAGGAAGAAGGUGGAAUGACACUGAACUUACCUGGAUUAUGUGUGUGUAGGUUAACUGAAACAAUCAAGCAUGAUAGAAGAGCUGCGAUUGAGGAAAAUAAUGAGAAAGAGAAGCAACAAACAUGGUCUGACCUUCCAGUUGAACUUUUGGAACUGAUUAUUUCCCGGUUAACCUUGAUGGAAAAUAUCCGCGCUUCUGCUGCUUGCAAAAGAUGGCUCUCAGUUGCUAUCUCAGUCCGGGUGGUCAACAAACCUCCUUGGAUUAUGUUCUUUCCAAAAUUUGGUGACCUAUUUGAAUUCUAUGACCCUUCACAGCGUAAGACUUAUUCCCUCGCGUUGCCAGAGUUACUUGGCUCUAGAGUUUGUUACACCAAGGAUGGUUGGUUACUGCUAUACAAACCCAGAACCCAACGGAUGCUAUUCUUUAGUCCUUACACUCGCGAGUUGAUUAAGUUGCCAAGAUUUGAGUUGACUCACCAAAUAGUUGCUUUUUCUUCUGGUCCAACAUCUCCUGGCUGUAUUGUUUUUACUGUUAAGCAUAUCAGCCCCACAGUUGUUGCUAUUAGCACUUGUCAUCCCGGAGCAACUGAGUGGACUACCAUCAAUUACCACAACCGUUUGCCAUUUGUUAGCAGCAUUUGGAAUAAGCUGGUUUUCUGCAAUGGCCUCUUUUAUUGUCUGAGUCUUACUGGUUGGCUGGGAGUUUAUAACCCACAAGACUCUACGUGGAAUAUUCAUCCUAAGAUAUACAAGUUGGAUCAGAUAAACAAAGUAUGGGUAGAGAUGAAAACCCUUGGGGGCUUGACACUCUUUGCGAGUUUCUUGUCAUCCCAGGCAAGGACUGACCUGCUUGGAAUGAAGCGAAAUAGUGUUUAUUUCUCCAAAUUUCGGUUUUAUGGAAAGCGCUGCAUAUCGUAUUCUCUUGAUGACUGUAGAUACUAUCCCCGAAAGCAGUGUUAUGAUUGGGGAGAACAGAAUCCUUUUGAGAGUGUUUGGAUUGAACCACCUGAAGACCUAUCCGUCUUUGUCUAAAGAAGGCCUCCAAAGUAGGUGAUCAUGUUGCAGCAAUGCAUUGGUGAGACUUUAAUAUAUCCCUCUUGUCUACCCGCUAUUUAGUUCAUUAUGUGCAAUGGAUUGACAUUCUUUCAUACUUUUUGGUCUAGUAGUUACACACAUAGCCCCUUUAUCUAGGCAAAUUCUUUGUGUGGUGUUCUCGUCGUUUUCUGAUCUCUACCUCUUCAAUUAUCUGUGUCUUGGCAAAUUGUGUGCUGUGUUCUUCUUCUCCUCAUUUUUUUAAUCUAAAAAAAAAAUGUCUAGCUUUCAAACCUGGAUGUGGCGAUCUCUUAGUAGUUUACAUUACAGCCGCGAACCUUUGUAAUUGCUCAUAAUAGUAGGUCUUCAAUUUAUUGUUGACCCUGACAGACUUGUAAUUUUGUACAUGCCCUUGAUUUACUUGUAAAUAUGCAAGCCAUUCAUACCUCUCAUACCCCCCUCCCCCUCCCUCCCAAAAAAAAAAAAUAGCAUAUAUUUUGAAAAAAAAAAAAAAAUCCAUACCUCUCAUUCCCAUCAUUAUAAAUUCUGGCUUUUCUCUUUUUAGUUUCAAGAUAAUCUUAUACAUAGGGCUGAUCACCACAACAAAUACAUCCUUCCAUAUAGAGCCCAAUAAUAGCAAUAAGAAUUAGUUCUUUUGUAGAUUUUUAUGAUUUAUGACCAGCUUCUAAAUUGUAAGUAGUAGCCUCUGAUCAUAAAACAUGUUGCCGUUUAACAUGCAUCAAAACUGUUCAAAAAGAUUGGAUUUUCUGUGGGGUUAUAAAUUUCGAAUGAACAACGAGACACAGAAUAAGCUUGUGGUUAUCACUGCACUUGGUAGAUGAUAGAUUUAAUUAUGUGCAACUAAAAGCUUUGACUGCUCCAGGACAUAGAUAUAUUGCUCAUGUAAGGGCACAAUAAAGGCAAGGAAAGGCUAAAAGAGUACUCGACUUAAAUCUAAAGAAUGGUCAUGGGGUGGUUUUGAUCUGAAAACAUAUUGGUCCCAAAUAAAGCAGAGUAGGUAAUGGGUUAUUGUUCAGCUUGGCGCAUUACAACCAUUUUGUUGCAUGGCAGAGGCUUUGGCAGUGUAGUAUUGCACUGUUUAAGUAUCCAGAUACCAAAAUCUGGACCCAGAGAUGUAUAAACAAAUGCCCAAACAUCGAAUCCAUGUAAUUGUUUCGCAAACUGGUUACAUUUGCAGCUCUGUCUUAAUACUAGUGGAAAUUCUGCAAAUCAUUCCUUGUUUUUUCCUUUAGCAAUUGAUUAUAUUGUUUGUUGUCUUCAUUUACGGUUAUAUUAACUUGUACUUCAUUUGCAAAUAUGGUCUCAUAAGCAGAUUCUUACGUAAUGCUAUCUCUCUCUGGU